AUGAGUUCCACCUGCUACAAGCAUUAUCAUGAUAAGGCAUACCCAGCAAAAAGAUUUGCUGAACUUUACUUUUGUGAUGAUAGACAUCCUUUAAUAAAUGAAAGUGUGGAGUUUCCAAUGGAACAAAUACAUAAUGCCAUUGAUUCAGGAAUCGUUAAGGGAGAAAUAUUGAUUGAUUUUAGUGUUGGAGCCACAGCAAGCCAUCUUAUACCAGUCUGCAAUGGAUUCAAAGAUAUAUAUGUAGUAGAAGUUAAUGAGGUCAACAUCAAUGAAUUUGAGAAGUGGCGGCAAAGCAAACAAGAUGCUAUUAAAUUCUCAUAUGGAGCGAAGUUUCAUCACAAGUUAGAAGGAGGCAGAGAAGCAUGGCACUUGAAGGAAGACAAAGCAAGACAGGCAAUUAAAGGAGUAAUACAAUGGGAUAUUUCUAACGAUGAUCAGGUCCCUGUCGAUUUACCCCAAGCAGACUGCAUUCUCAGUCUAUACCUACUGGAAGCUAUCAGCAAAGACAAAGACACCUACCAGAGAAACCUGAAAAAAAUUACAUCCCGACUUAAAAUAGGGGGGAGCCUGUUACUAUUUUCACCCAUAAAUAUGACAUUUUAUGAGGUUGAUGAUCACAAGUUCUUCGUUUUAACAGUCGAUAAAGAUUUUAUAAAACAGGCUGUAAUUAAUGCUGGAUUUGUCAUUGAAAAAGUGAAUGUACUGCCUAGCAAAAAAAACUGUGACCUGGUUGAUUAUGAUUCUGUAAUUCAUGUAAGAUGUCGCAAGAAGAGUGAUGUUUAG